UGGGGUUGAAGUUGUUGGACGUUGAUGAAAACAAUGCUAGUUUUUCCCCUGCUAAAAAACAAACUUCCGGAGUCCUUCAACCAAAUAAAUUUACGUGAAGCAACCAGCAAAGUAAAGCAACACGACAAGUUUUUGUUGGAGCUUGCAUAAAACACUUUCUAUCAUCGGCAAGUCGAGAGCAACGCAGACGCUAGAACUUAAACUACUAAAACUUAAAUUGUAAUACUUAAAUAUUUUAUGUACAGGACAAUUUUUACUCUGGAUUUGUAUUUGUUUGUGAGAUGGAUUCUAUUUUUGUAAAAACAAUCAAGGAUUUUACAAUCAUCAGGAGCAGUUGUGGUAGAAAAAAUGCUUUUGUGAAAUCGCACAAAAGUUAAUUUCGAGUAUUGCGACGAAAAGUUAGAUUGGGAAAGUUAUCGUUUAUGACUUUGUUUGAUUUUCUUAAGUGAAAUAUUUAACUUGUUUUCAUAAUUUGCACAUGUGCGUGCUUUAAUUGGAAUUUGGUUCAGUGUCAAUACAAAACAUACUUUUGUACAUUGUGUUACUUGUAAAUUGAGCAAAUAUUGAAAAAGUUUGCGGUUUUCAUACUUCUGUUUCGUCGUACUUCAACUUUUCAUUGGCAGUCAUUGACGGAAGAUGUUUUAUCUGUUUGGGGUUGAGUCUGAUCAGUUUGGGAUUCGAUGCAAGCCAACAACUUUAUUGACGCCAUCACAACGAUUCUCUACGAUUUAGUUCAUUUAUAUUUGAAAAACCUUGUGAAGUUGACCCCAUACACAUACAUACUCGGCAAAUACACAUAACACACACGUUCUCAAAAACUCAAAACCAACAUUUCGACGUGAACUCAAUCCAUCUGCCAAUAUGAAGGAUACCAGAAGCCAUGAAACCACCUUGGUUAAGACUAAGGUCGACUUGGAUCGUUGAACCACCCACCACACGUCGAAUCUGGUGAAUAAUUAAUCACAAACGUAUACGAUUUUAGCCGAAAAGAUGUCUCCAAUCCUGGACAAAAAAGGGAAGAAAGGAAAGGAAUCCAAGGAGAUGAGACGAAGCAGAACGGUAUCAUCAGGGGCUUCGGAGGGGGGAAGCAAAUUCAACCUCAAAUUGGAGCGAGUUUCAUCGCCCGGUAAUAAGACGCUGAGCGCAGCAGGGGCCGGCCUAAAAUGGCUCUUCAUGCGAAAAAAGCCAUCAAAGUCAUUGAAGGAAUUUAAUGGAUCUUCUUCAACGAGCUUCGUCAACCCAAUUCCAAUCGUCGCUGCGUCAGUGGCAGGCUCUCACACUCCUGGAUUCGUGAUAUCACCAACUGAGGACGAAAUGCAAGAAAAGCUAUCCGACGACGCUAGAGAUUUCCAAGCAGGGAGCCGAAAUCCGUCUCCAAGAACACAACAAGUGGAGCAUCAACCACAAUAUCAACGUGUGGUCACUGUACCCAGAACGCUUCCUCAGGAACGAAUUUCUUAUGGAUACGCACAAAAUCCACACCUUCAAAAUUUCCAACUGCAUGGCACUGCUCCACCCUAUCCGGGAAAGAAGCUAAUAUUUCGACCAUCCACAUAUGCUCAUCCACCUCGACAUUUUUCACAUAGUCCCCCAGAUGGGAUGAGUUAUCAUCAUCCCCCUUCUCCUCGAAUUCCACCUCCACAUUAUCAACAAAUCCGCAACGAUGCUUAUCCACCUCCUCCACGAUUGCUUAGUCGUCCUUCUGGGCAAACGCCGCAAAGUAUAAAUCACCCUCAUCAUCAUCAACCUCCACCACCACGGUCCCAAAAUUGUCCCCAACAACCAAGGCAUUUUUACAAUAAUAAUCGGGGUUCUUUUCCUCCAACCAAUUUUCCGAGUCACCGUCCGAAUCAUUUUUUGCCACAACCAGGGAGCGGCUUUGUUAAUAAUAAUAAUUAUCAUCAUUAUUUACUUCCUAACAAAACUCUCCCACCUCAAGUUCAGUAUUUACAGCCACCCGUUCCUAAACCAAGGAAAUCAUUAAUAUUGCGUCAAAACAAUGAUGCUACUUCAUAUGAAAAUCAGGGAAAUAAUUUUCCUGAACAGAAUGGACCCCGUUGGAUAAUUUCGUCUAGCGAACACCAUAAGCUUGGACCUCCACACCUUAUCGCAAAUCAGCGACACACAAGCAAUAGUUGUGUGAACUUGACCUCUUAUGGUUAUACGAAUGGAGAAAAUGAAGACGUAGUUAUUCGCAAAUAUUCGUCACAGUCUCGACUGUCUAGCUGCAAUAGCAGAAGUGAUUUUGGUAGUUCAAGUUCAAUCCCGUGGUUUCGUUGGUUCGCAAGUCGCUUGGAGAAAGAAGGUCAGACCAAGGGACUUCAUUCAACGGAGACCAGCGUCAAGUCGGAUGGGUCAAACACGCACUGCAUCCGUUGCAACAAGAAGCUGCCCACCACGAGUAAAGGACUGAAAUGGAUGAUCACCGCGCCUGUAGCCUGCUCAGUUUGUGCCCUUAAAGUGUGCAAGACCUGUGCUGUUUGGGACCAAUCCAAAAAUUCAUACUCUUGUGGUCACUGUCAUCCGCCAAAAUUAUUAUUAAGGUCAAUUGACAAAAGGAAGAACUUUUGGUUUGACAACAUAUCUUUAGGCGUUGAGCCUGGGACAAAUUUUGCCACUGCAGAGCGAGACAAAGUGACAGAAAAUGUGAGGGAACAUCUCGAAAGAAUCGUCGAAUCACACGUUGAUGAAGGAAUCGACGCUGUUUCGUUGGCAAGAAUUUUUGAUCAUCCCCAAUAUGACUUGGUGUUCCACCGAUUUCAUGAAGAAUUAAGCGAUGCACUAGUCAACCUUUCUUAUUCUUUGAAACUUGCGAUUGAAAAUAAACCAAUGCCAAUGAACGAUACGACAUCAGCAACGUCGGCACACACCGUGCUAACCGAUUUACUCGGUGACAUAAAAGAAGUGACGAUGGAACUCCCACUCAUGGAGCCAAUGAACAAGACUGAGGCUGCCGUGGUCAUGUCGCAGAACUUUGCAAAGUCUGUCCAACCGUCUUAUGAAGAUUUGGUUGCUACCGCAGUCAUUAAUAAAGCCAUUACGAAUGGGCAGAAACUACGGAGAAAAGCGGAUUCUCCCAUGAGCUUGGUGGAUUCUGCUGUGCAAACAGAUUCAGAAAUGAGUGAGGGGAGUGACUUACAGAAUUCGCAUAGACGCCAAUAUAAAGAUGUUCGAGGUUGGGUCACCAAUUUAGAGAAGACACCACAUCAACAGCAUCCGAAUAUUUCGGAUGAUGACUUGAGUAUGGGAACAAGUUCUUCAAACUGGUCAAACGAAGGCAAUAUUAAAGGAAACCAACAAGUUGUGAUCGAGGAACAAGUAGAAGAAAUAACGACAACGUACGAGAGCGACUCUGACAUUUCACGACAUCCACCUUCCAGGAAUAAGAAAGGGCGAAAAACAGCUCGUCAGAGGAACUCUGAACUUGCGAACAAUACAAUAAUUCAAGAUGACACAUUGUUGGGGGAUAUCGACUUGAAUCACUUCGAUAGCAAAGUGUCAUUCCCUGAAGGUGGCGUGGAUAUUAUUCCACGCUCCAAAAUAAAUGCUGAUGACAACGAUGAAGACGCGGUAGAAGAAAGCGCCGCUGGAAUCUUAGUCUCCCAGAUUUCGGAAUGGGAACAAAAUUGGUUGUUCAAGCGUCGUAAGCAAUUGCUUCGAAGACGCAAUUUAAUGGCUGAAGCUGUGCCAAUGCUGGUGCCAAAUCCAAAUGACGAUGGAAUUGAGCCAUAUAUUGGCGAUGAUAAAAUUUCUGACCUAUCUGACUUGUCCGAUCAUGUAAACGACAAUGACGACAACAACAAUUCAGACUUGGAUUCAUCAGCGGACGAAGGUGAACCAUCAGAAAUAGUUGAGCAAGAAAUUGUACACAAUCCAGUAGUGGAUGUAGCACUGCAAAUGCCACCGGCAGCAGUAAAAGUAUUAAAACCGGAAGAAAAUGAGACGAUUUCUUUAAACCAACAAACUGCUCCACUUCCUCAAUCUUCCAUAAUCACAAGUAAACGAGCUUCGGAGGCACCACACCGGUUAUCAAAUUCUUCAAUCUCAUCCAGAGAUUCUGCUUCAGUUGGGCGUUCAAUAGAAUUGGACAUGGCCAGCAGGCGUUCCAGCUCCUCGUCAGUUUCAAAGUCUGCAGCUCCCAAACCAAAAAAGAUUGCGAGUAGACCAAUUGACUCUGUUAAAUUAGUCCGUGAACCAUCAGACAUAAAUGUCAAAGUAGGGAAAACUGCUCGAUUUGAAUGUAUUGUCACUGAAGACUCGCCAGAAUUCAGCGUGGCAUGGUUUUUUGGUGGUCAUCUCAUUUCGUCCAGUGAGGGAAAGUCAUGGGUAUAUUCUAGUGGAAAGGAUAAGCAUUACCUCUAUAUUUACGACUGUCAAGAAAAAGAUGCUGGAAAAUAUGAUGUCUCCCUAUUUGACUUUAAAGGAAAUGAAACUAAAGUCACAUACAAGUUGAUUGUUGAAGGCACUCAAAAAAAUAAGCCACAACCACCCAACUUCACUGUAUUGGACGAUAUCAUACACACAGACAAGGCAGAUUCAGUAGUCAGCAUUCCAUUCGAAAUUACUGGGCAUCCUGAACCAUAUUUACAGGUGUUUAGAAAUGAUGUGGAGAUAAGCAAACUAUCACAUGUAUUACUAGAGGACAAAGGAGCUGGCCAAUGGAAUUUGGACCUCCGCAAAAAAGAAACAGAUUUUCCAGUUUUCGGGGAAUACGUUGCAGUGGCCAAAAAUAGUCAGGGUCAGACUAGAGUGACCUUUAUGAUUCAAGAGACUGACGGGAUACUCAAUCUGGAAAAGAAAGCCAUAAUGAAGCAAGAAGUUGUUAAUUCUACGCCCCAAAGAAAAUCUCCAGAACCAACAGUUCCCAGACCUGCUUCUUUGGAUUCUGAAGACUCGUCAAAUGGAGAAACCAUGAGAGAACAAUAUCACACUCUGAAUAGGAAUCAGACAAUGGUCAGGGAGGAUUAUGAAGCUGGCUUAAGUGAAAGUUAUCGUAAUACUGACCCGGCUACAAUGACUGUAGCAGAAAAAGAGAAAUUGAAAUGGAUGAAUCCUGUAAAUUUGCCAAAUAAUCCAUACGCACCUGAAAAUUUAGCCAAACGAAUUCGCCAAAGAGAGAGUAACUUUCAUUUGCCAACUAGUGGGUCGUCUGGAGACAUUGCGGCCACGUCGUCAGACGAUGAGAAGAAUCCAGUCAUGGAACGGAAACAAAAUAUGAGCCAAUUUUCCAGGGAUUAUUAUGUUCAUGGGGCCCCGAGUCAGCCAUCUAGACUAAAAUCUACGACGGGACCCAAUUUCGGCUCCUCACGGAGUCUGUCCCUGACCUCUAACUCUUCAAGAGAAGGGUCGAAAGAGAAGGAAAGUAUUACAUCAUUAGAGAAACAUUCAAAUUCCGAUAUUCUCGGAGAAAAAGCAACAAUUUCAAUUGUGCCAUCAAGAUCACCCGUACCACAAAAGAGGAUUUCGCAAAAUGGGAAUGCAUCUACUACAAGUAAUGGAAAACUCGCAACGGAAAAGUCAACCAUUGAAGUGGCGACCAAGAAAAAUUUCCUUGGUCCGGAACGCACCCCAUCGCCACAAGUUACCACAAGCAGGACUCCAAGUCCUAGACCGCGUCGCUAUAACAGUGAUCUUGGAGGCUCCGCACGACGAGAAGGAGUCGAGCCCAAAGUAAUUCAGUUACCAUCCGUCAAGAGAUUAGCUCAGCAGUUUCAGGCAUCUGAUGAUAAAGUGCAAAUCUUAGAACCAAAGCCAUCGAAUGGACAUCAACAACACAAAGCAAUGUUUCAACCUCGGGAACAAAAGAGCUAUCAACAGCCAAAGCCGAGACGUCGCCCAAGUGAUCUCGCACUCUCGGCGAGCAGCAACUCGGUUGUAAGGUCUCCACUUGUACCAAUUUCAGUCGCACGACGCGUGUAUAAUCAGGACUUGACUGCAGACGAUGAUUUUAAAACCCCAACACAGCCAAUUGUAGAGCUUGUCAUACCCAAACAACCAACUAGAACUGUUCCAACGAAAAAUAAGAAUGUUGAACCUCCUCAAUCUCCAGUCAAAAUCUAUCACACUCCUGAGGAAAUUGUAGACGACACAGUAGAUUUUACUCCAGAACCCAAGAAAAUUGAAGAACUUUCGACUUCGCAUGAGCGAGCUGAUAGUGGAAUUGGUAUGACUCCUACCCCUGAAUAUCAUUCGGUCCCGGUAACUCCCAUUUCCAACGAUGACAACCUUAUUAAACUCGAUGAAGAAGAUGACACAAACAACGCUCCUCCUCCGUUACCAGUUACCCCACCACCAAUUCCAGCCACCCCACCGCCACCCAGAACUCCUGUUUCCGAUGCAGCUGAUAACCUGAUUUUUUUGCUUGAAUCAAUAAAAGUUGAACCCCUCGAGGUGGACGAUUCUUUAGCCUCUUAUUCCUUUGGGGAAAGUAUUGGAGAAGAACAGAUUGAAACACCCUUCGAAAGCCGUCCUCAGUUCUUCAUCCCCUCUGAGGACGUCGUAAUGGUUUUGCCACCCGUUCCAACAUCAUUCACUCCAUUGAUGACGCCACAAAGUUCCGUAGACAUUUUGGAUUUUCAAAUAGAUGCAACAAUUUUGGAAAAUGAAGAAGAAUUUCCAGUUCAAACUCGCACCAGACGUAGCAUAGAAGAGGAUUCCACUAAUUCAGACGAUUUAGACAUUCCAAAAGAGUCCAACGUUUCACAACCUCUGUACAAAGCUUUCAACCAAAUUCCUCCCAGGAACGGACAGCCUGCAAAUAAGAAAUUAGCGAAUUCCCUGAACUCAUCCCUUGAUGAAAUUGACUUUGUUCCGCGUAACCCUGCCUUAAAGUCCGUGGAUUUAGAAAAGAAGGCCGAAGUCCAACGAGACAAACCGUCGAGUAACAAAACUAUGAAUAUUGUAGCUCAAUUAGAAGCGAAUCAAGGCACAUUAGAUGGAUCCAAAACUCUUCCUAGAAUGAGAACCGUUGACCAGGAUGACUUUUUAAACCAAGUGCGAGAAAAGAAAGCCAGAGAAGAACAAGAGCGUGCUCAAAGCCUUCGACUUCCAUCGAGACGUCCAACAGCAAUGGAAGUUUUAUCGAAACCAACGCCUUCUAUGCUCAAUAAGGAUGAAGAAGAACAAGAUUUGAAAAAGUUGAGGCAUUCAAUUCUGCGAGGGGCGAGAUCCGGGGUGGGAAACAAAGGGAAUCAAUUGCACGGUGGAAUUAAAAGUGAUCAGGACGCAGCAGUGGGACAGAGUUCACAGUCUGACUGCUAGGAGUGUGUCGAGGCAGUUUCGAGAAGGUCUUAAACAAGCUCAACCUCAUACUGCAGACAUCAACAUUAAAUUAAAAACCCAAGUAGUACCAAUUGUAGAGAAGCAAUUGAACAAUAACAAUAGCAAUAAUAAGGAAGCGAAAUUAU